ACAAUAACAACAUCUUUACUAGCUUUCUUGCUAUGCCUUCUCUCUUGAAUUCAUGUCUGAUACAGCAAACCAAACUCCUAAUCCUCAAGAGGCCGAUCUCUUAAUUCGCUCCGUCAAACGUAUUAAAGGGGAUGGUAACCCCCCUAUUGCUGAGGAAUAUCAACUAUAUGAAGCCCCACCAAAGCAAUUAUCAUACAUAGACAUGGUCUCUUGUCUGGAACCUGCUGCAAUCCUCUGUGAUAGCUCAAAUAGAGAGGAAAUUCUGGACAAAGAUUCAGAUCAUGAAGAUGAUGGGAUCAAAGCUCAGUGGAAACCGAGAGGCAAAAUGGAUUGCAUUGAUUUGGGUUUGGACUUCUUUCUUAUUCGUUUCCAUGAGAAGGAAGAUCUGAACCGUGUUCUUCAUGGAGGACCUUGGUUUGUCGGUCCCCACUUUCUCACAAUUAGAAAGUGGGAGCCUUCAUUUGAUCCAGCAAAAGCCACCUUCACGAUCACAGCUAUAUGGGCUAGACUUCCGCGCCUUCCUAUUGAAUACUAUGAUGUACAAAUCCUUGAGCGUAUUGGCAAUAUGUUGGUCGAUCUUGAUGAACCUUUGGUACCUUUUGUAUGUAUUGGCAAACAUGUCCAAAAGGUUCUUUAUGAGGGACCUGCUGCUUUAUGCUACUCUUGUGGGUGUGUGGGAUAUAAAGAGGAUAAUUGCCCUCUCAAAGUCCCACAACCUAUGGCUAUUUCUAAUGAACAAAAUAUUGAAGCUCAAACUUCACAAGCUUCAGUUGAUGGAAACUGUAAUGAGCCACCUGAGAACCAAGGGUUUGGACCAUGGAUGCUGGUGGAAAGGCGAAAGAACAAGAAAAAGGUAAACAGUAAUCACUUGAGUCACUCAGCGAGUCGACUCACUGGGACAAGAAAUGGGUCACAAGUACCAAACUCAAAAGGGAACGUUAUUUUUAACAUUGCUAUUAAUGUGGUGACUGUUAACUCCAACGGUUCAAAUGCAGCCAUUCAACCUUCUAACUCAAUUUCUAAAGCUCAUAAUUCGAGCUCUUCUCCUUUGGCCCAAGAUGGGGAUGUCAACAACACACCAGCCCAUCGAUUUCAUUGUCACCAUUUGUGGCACGUGGAAAGGCUUCCUCUUUUAAAAAAUCUGGUUCCCAAUAGAAAAUCUCACAAAAUGUCCAGAAUCAUCCUCUCACGAAAUCAACCCCCUCCACUAGAACUUCGGAUCAUGGAUGCAAUCACCUUCACCAAGCUAAGUCACUUGUGGGAUGUACUGCUAAUCAACAGGAACAAUCAAGCAAUCCCAAUAGAGAAGGCGUUGUCAUUAGUUCUCAACAAGAAUCUGAAGUCGAUUAAGGGAUGGACAUUGGAAACGAUCCAGAACUGCUGGCUGAAUCCCAUUCUUACAAUGAAAGGAGUAGAUCCCACUCAUUUUCUUCCCCCACCAAUGGAAGGGAUUCCUUUACCUUUGGAACACCUAUCUCUAGACUCAUGCAUCCUUCAGAAGGCUGUUUGGUCAUCACUAGCAGAGAUAGUGAGAUGGGACGAUUGGUCAGAGCUGAUAGCUCCCAAGCGAUUCAUGUUGCUAGUCAAUAUGGUGGUUCUGAGUAAGGAAGGUCAGCCGAAGUGGCUCCAGGAUCUUGCCAGGGCGGCUAAUCAAGAGUUUAAGCGGAAUGCGAUGGAUAUCAUUAAUCAGCAUAAUCCAGUCGACUCAGAUGGCUUUGCUGGGGGUAUUUGGCUAAUGUGGGAUGACACGAAGUACACUAUAGACAUUCUUAAUGUAGGACCACAAGCCAUCCAUGCCAAUGUCCUGAACAUCAAUCAAGAGAAAUCUAAAAUCCUUUUCUCUGCAAAUGUUAAUCUUGAUAUCAGGCUUGCUAUAUGUCAUACUCUUGGUUAUAUGGAAACUCCCUCUUUGGGAAAAUAUCUUGGCUUCCCUAUUACCUCUAGGAGGAUCGAAAAAUCUGACUGUAAUUUUAUUGUUGACAAGGUCAGAUCUAAACUUGCGAGGUGGAAAGCAAAUAUGCUCUCACUUGUUGGAAGAGUUACUUUCGUCACAUCUGUCCUCUCUUCAAUUCCUAAUUACUAUAUGCAGGGUAUGUUUUUUCCUGCAUCUAUUCAUAAGGAGCUUGAUACCAUCUCUCGAAAUUUCAUUUGGGGUUCUACUUCAACCAAGAGGAAAGCCAAUCUUAUUUCCUGGGAUAGGAUUACUCAACCUAGGAAAGCUGGGGGCAUUGGCAUUAGAGCUAGCAGUGAAGUAAACCAAGCUGCCAUGGCCAAACUUCACUGGAGGAUGAUUACUGAAGUUCAAAAACCUUGGGCCAAAGCAUUCAUAUCCAAAUAUAAGAUUGACCCUCCCUACCAUAAUUUUUCUCAAUCAUCCUCCCCCAUUUGCAAAGACAUCUCUAAAGGGAAAGAUAUUGUUGAAAAAGGCAUCAGCUGGGUUCCACGUGAUGGCUCCAAAAUCAAUUUCUGGCAGGAUAGAUGGAUUCUAAAGGAAUCUCUUUGUUCUGUUUUUUAUGGCCCUUUUAGACCACAUGAUUUGGACAUUAAUGUGAAGGAUCUUCUUUUUCCUGAUGGUAAAUGGAAUUUUGAUGCUGUUGCUUAUCCUUUACCUCAGGACAUCAUCCAAAAAAUUGUGGCCAUUGCUUUUCAGAGGCAUAGUGCUGAGCAAGACUCCUUUAGGUGGAAUUCUUUGGCCAAUGGCAAAUUUUCCAUGAAAUCUACAUACUUUAUGGCAAAAAAUAUUCAGUGGACGCAGAUGGAGGAUUGGUCUUGGAUCUGGAAUGUUUGUACCAUUCCCAAAAUUAAAUACUUUCUAUGGCUUGUUAUGCAUGGUAGAAUCCUCACCUUUGAUACUCUUGCUCAAUGGGGUGUGGUUUCUGAUAAUAGGUGCCCUAGAUGUAGAAAUGGUCCUGAAACUCUUACUCAUAUUUUUAGAGAAUGCCAGCAUGCUGCCAUUUUUUGGAACUCUAUUAUUCCUCAAUCCAUUUCAACAUACAAUCAAAAUCUUGAUUUCAAGAGCUGGAUUAAGGAAUUCAUUAGACUUCAACCUGCUCUUACUACCUUUCAACCUAAAACCAUUGUUUUUGUGGGCUGGUCACCUCCCUCUCCAGGUUUUGCUAAAUUAAAUACAUAUGGCUUUGCCCUUACUAAUCCUGGUAUAGCUGGGGCAGGAGGCUCGCUAUGUGACCAUCUUGGCAGAUGGAUGGUUGGCUUCUCACGAAGCAUUGGAUGGACUACAAGUAUUGCUGCAGAAUUAUGGGCCAUUAGAGAUGGCUUGGAAAUUGCUGCUGGGAAAGGAAUCUCUAAACUUAUUGUGGAAACUGACUCAAAAGUUGUUGUUUUACUUAUUGACUCUACUUAUACUACUUUGCACUCACUUGGAACUCUUAUUUCUUAUUGUAGAUUGCUUCUACGCCUCUUUACGGAUGCUAGGAUCUCCCAUAUAUAUAGGGAAGCUAAUGCGGCUACUGAUUUUCUUGCUAAACUUGGAUCUACUAAUGCUAAUGAUUUUGUCUGGUAUGAGGAAAGUCCGCCUGGGCUUUCUUCCAUUUUGUAUCAUGACUUAAUUGGGACUUCCUUCCCGAGAACGAUUGUAGCCAGCUAAUUAUCAAUAUAUCUCCUUUUUCUACCAAAAAAAUAAAAAUAAAAACAUCUU